AUGGCUCGCUCGGAGCUGCCGGAGGUCCCCGGUAUGAAGGUGCUCGAGCAGUCCCGAAUCUCCCCGGCGCCUGGCCCCAACGCGCCGGAGACCCUCCCGCUCACCUUCUUCGACUAUGUCUUCCUGCCGUUCCACCCGGUGCAGAGGGUCUUCUUCUACGACCUCCCCUACUCUUUGUCCGAUUUUCUAAGGAGCCACCUCCCCCGCCUUAAGCUCUCCCUCUCUCUCGCCCUCCGCGACUUCCGUCCCCUCGCCGGGAGAUUGCGGCUCGGGUCGCCCGAGGGCAAGCCUGAAAUCCGCUGCAGCGGCGGUGACGCGGUGGCGUUCACGGUAGCGGAGAGCGGCGACGACUUCCACGAUAUGUCCGGGAACCAUGCCCGGGAUUGCGCCCGGUUCUAUCCCCUGGUCCCGCCGCUGCCGCCCGGGACGGAAGGUGGACAACCAGUGCUGGCGCUUCAGUUCACGUUGUUCCCCGACGCCGGCGUGGCCCUUGGGGUCACUGUCUCACACGCCGUCGCCGACGGCAGUACGUCGGCGCACUUUCUGAAAACAUGGGCUGGGAUCUGCCGGCUGGGGAUGGGAGGGAUGGGAGGGAUGGGCCCCUGUCACGUUGCGGCGCCGCCGUCUUACGACAGGAGCGUCGUCUGGGAUCCCAAGGGCCUGGAGAGGACCUUCCUCCACGACCUGAAACUGCUGCAAGUCGAACGGCGACUGGUCCCGUUGGAUCUCCACGGUAAGAACGAUGUCGUCCGCGCGACGUUCGCCCUCAGCCGGGAGCAGCUCAAGAAAAUGGGCGAGAGGUUCUCCAGCAGGACGGGCAUGGAGGAGUGUUCGCCCUACACCCUGGCGGCCGGGCUCAUCUGGGCCUCCCUGGUGAAGGCCAGGGGAGGCUCCGGCGACAAAACGGAAUACUUCGGCUUCGUCACCGGGUGCAGGGCGCGGCUGGACCCCCCAUUGCCGGCCACGUACUUUGGGAACUGCCUGGGGAUAUGCUGGGUGGAGGCCGAGGGGAGCGAUCUGGAGGAGGAAGACGGGGUGCACAUCGCCUCGGCGGCGAUCUGGAAGGUCAUCCGGGAUCUGGAAGGAAGUGGGGCCUUCCGAGGGGCCAAAAACUGGAUCCGCGACAUCCACUCGCUGGCCUCGGAGGGGAUCCUGACGGUGGCUGGGUCGCCGAAGCUGGGGCUGUACCAGGUGGACUUCGGCUGGGGCCGGCCUCGAAAGAUCGAAGUCAUAUCCAUCGAGAGGACGAGCGCUAUGUCGAUGGCGGAGUGGGGGGAGUACGGAAGCGGGCUCGAGAUCAGCCUGGCGCUUCCCAGGGAGCUCAUGCGUGGGUUCAGGUCAUCGGUUCUGAAGCUCAUCAGUUCGUUGUAG